AUGGAAUCUUUUAUUCAACAACUUGCUGCUCGUUUCUCCUUAAAAGACUUGGGUGAUCUCUCAUACUUUCUAGGAGUUGAAGUCAUGCCCCAUACAAAUGGUCUUUUCUUAAGUCAAAAGAAGUAUAUUAAUGAAAUUUUGUGCAAAGCCAACAUGGAUGAUGCCAGACCAGUUGCCACACCCAUUGUCAUGGAUCCUCCUUUGUCCAUUCAUGGAGAGCCACUGCCGGAUCCUACAAAAUGCCGCCAACUCAUUGGUAGUCUUCAAUAUCUUGGUCUAACACAUCCCGACGUUGCCUUCACAGUCAAUAAGUAA